AUGGCCUCACCAAUGUUAUCUCCUACCCCCCUAACCACCAACGCUCUCCAACAACUUUACCACCCUCCUCAAGUUGCCACCCAGGUUGCUGAGAGUCUCUCCACCCCUUUACCCUCGAACCCAUCAAUCACCGACCUUCCUACAGUUGUCUGGUAUAACAAGCGAUAUGUUGUAGAGGAGCAGAUUGCUCGGAAAGGGGGCAGACCUAGGAAGACGUGGAUCAAGGACCAUGGAUUCUUCCUCGUUGAGCUGGGCCUCGCUGGACCUACUUCCACCUUCUGGUGUUGUCGACGAUGUGACGAGAAGGGGAGGCCAGAGUUCUACUCAGCUGCUGCUUCUUCCGCUGCAGACCACCCUCGCAGAUGCCACCACGUCACACAAUGGGACCUAUCAUCUGACGAGUCAAGUACAGAGGAGAUUCUGUAUGGGUCUGAGGACCUCUCUCCUAGUCGGAAGAGGAGGAAGGUCUCCAGUAUACCUAAGGCGAAGAUCGGUACCAUCAGGGAUCUCUGCCUCUCGAUUAUCAUCACCAAUAACUUCUCUUUUUACCACUUCCAAGACGAUUUUGUCCAACACCUCCUAAGAUUCCACGAUUCCUCCCUAGUCAACUAA